UUGUAAGUUCUUAGAUCCAAAUCUGUCUGUUUCUUCGGUUGCAUUUCGCCAUUUCCUCAGCUUACCGUGAAUUGGACAAAAAUGGCUGCUGCCUUGGUAGGAGGAUCUAUUCUCUCCGCUUUCCUCCAGGUUUUGUUCGACAAAAUCGCUUCUCCCCAAGUUGUUGAUUUCUUCAAGUGCCGAAGACUUGAUGAUGGAUUGCUCCACAAGUUGAAUUCAACGAUGAUAAGUGUUGGUGGGGUUCUUGAUGACGCCGAGGAGCAGCAGAUUACCAAGCCAGCCGUGAAGAAUUGGCUUGACGAGCUUAGAGAUGCUGUUUAUCAAGCUGAUGACUUGUUGGAUGAGAUUGCUUAUGAAGCUCUGCGGUUGGAGUUAGAAGCUGGCUCUCAAACAACUAUUGAUCAGGUGAAAAACUUUUUCUCAUCUGUUAAUCCAUUUAAGAAAGGGAUGGAAAAGAAAUUGGGAGAGAUGCUUGAUCGACUUGAAUAUUUAGUUAGGCAAAAGGAUGUCCUGGGUCUAAGAGAGAGUAUCGGGGAAAACCCAUCUUCACGCAGAAUGCCUACAACCUGUCUCGUAGAUGAAUUUGGUGUUUAUGGUAGGGAGGAUGAUAAGGAAGCCAUCAUGCGGUUUCUUCUAUCCGAUGGGAGUCAGCUGGGUGUGAUUCCCAUUGUGGGUAUGGGUGGGGUUGGUAAAACCACCCUUGCCCAGCUUGUUUACUACGACAGCAGAGUGCAGCAGUGCUUCGAUAGCAAAGCUUGGGUUUAUGUUUCUGAAGAAUUCCAUGUUUCCAGGAUAACUAAAGACAUUAUUGAGGAGGUCACCAGAGAGAAUUGCUAUGCUAGGACUUUGAAUCAGCUUCAGCUAGAGCUCAAAGAGAGUUUAAUGGGAAAAAGAUUUUUCAUUGUUCUAGAUGAUGUUUGGAAUGAUAAACAUGCUGAUUGGGACACUAUGCAAAGACCUUUGAAGUUUGGGGCUCAAGGAAGUAAAAUUGUUGUCAUAACACGUAGUAACAGUGUGGCAACUGUUAUCCAAACUCCUCCAAUUCAUCAUCUAAAGGAAUUAACUGAUGAUAAUUGUUGCUUCUUGUUUAGAAAACAUGCAUUUUGUUAUGAAAAUACUAGUGUACCUCCAGAUUUGGAAGCCAUUGGUAGAGAAAGUAGAAGGUGUAAAGGCUUGCCUUUAGCUGGAAAAACACUUGGGAGUGUCUUGCGCUUCAAAAGAGGUAUCAAUGGAUGAGAAAAUAUAUUGAGGAGCAAUAUGUGGUAUUUGUCUGAUGACGAUAUUCUUCCAGCUUUGAGAUUGAGCUACAAUUACCCCCCAUCUCAACUAAAAAGAUGCUUUGCUUAUUGUUCAUUAUUUCCUAAGAAUUAUAAAUUUCAAAAAGAGGAAGUAAUCCUUUUAUGGAUGGCUGAGGGUUUGUUGGUUGAGCCCAAUGAAAAAAAGGAGAUGGAAGUUGGUGGUGCCUACUUUGAUGAUCUUGUAUCAAGGUCAUUUUUACAAGAAUCAAAUAGUUAUCGGUCUUGCUUUGGUUUGCGUGACCUUGUCAGUGAUUCGGCAAAAUAUGUCUCUGGAGAAUUCUGCUUCAGGUUUGAGGGUGACAAUUCAUGCAGCAUUGAGAAAAAGACUCCCCAUUUUUCGUACUUAAGAACUAAAUAUGAUGCCUUGGAGAUUUUUGGAGCCAUAUUCAUCUAAGUUUUUGCGCACCUUUCUACCCGUGGGGCUAUCAAGCGGGAACAUGUGGAAAUCCGCAUACAUUGUUGA